AUGGCUGUCACUCCUGAUCCUCACGACGACCUUUACAUCGACGAGAAGGCCAAGAAAAUGUUCUUACGCAAGCUUGACAGAUGGAUCAUACCGCCUGUGAUGCUGCUGUAUCUUUUUAGCUUUCUCGACCGGGUUAAUAUUGGAAACGCGAGAUUGUAUGGUCUUGAAGAGGACUUGGAUCUCGUGGGUGAUCAAUAUCAGCUUGCCGUGUCUAUCCUUUUCGUCACAUACAUUCUGUCCGAAGUCCCAUCCAAUAUCGCCCUCAAGAAGUUCACUCCAUCUCGAUGGCUAGCCCUAAUUACCGCGGGCUGGGGAGUUGUGGCUGCCCUUACUGGCAUUGUCCAAAGCUUCCACGGGUUGAUAAUCUGUCGUCUUCUUCUCGGUGCCCUCGAGGUCGUUGCCUGGCUUUCGGAUCGCAGCCAGCGGCGGGCCGCAUAUGUUGGGUUUGGGUUUGUCUCCGCCGCAGGUUACGCUGUCCUUCUUAGCCCUUCCCCUGGCGGGGUCAAGUAUUUCGGCUGUUGUGUCGUUGCUAUCGGUCUUUACGUUAUUGUGGGAAUUCCUCUGGUAUCGCUACCAAGUAACAACCCACGGUACGGCAAGCGAACGGUAGCAGCAGGGCUGCAAGUGACCAUUGGCAAUUUAGCUGGUAUUCCGGCACCGUUUCUUUACAACUCCAAGGACGAUCCUUGCUUCAUCGUCGGUCAUAGCGUGUCUAUGGCUAUGAUUCUGAUGGCGAUGGCACUAUUCCUGACAAUGGGCUUAUGGUUUCGCCAUGUCAACGAAAGGUGGGCUUCCGGCGAUGAUGGUGAUCGGGUUGAAGGAAUGACAGAGGAAGAGAUUGCAGAGCUGGGAGAGAGUAAUCCUGAGUAUAGGUAUACGUGGUAG